AUGGCAAGGGCCCUCAUAGACAGUGUUAGGGUCCUCGCUGAACUUCAUCUGACUCGCACGCCGAAGCGGGAGUCACCGACAACUGAUCCUGGUGCCCCGGUGACCAAAGUCGAUGUGUCGUCCCAGACGGACUACUGGUGGGACACUUAUGGCUCGCCAUCUUUGGCCGUCGGGAACACGUCCCUUCCCCUCCGUAGGAGUGACGCAGCAGCGGCCACGCUCCCGCCUGUUCCUGCCGUCAAGAAGCGGAAUAAGAAGGGGAAGAAGAAGAAGGAAGGGACGGCAAAGAAGGAUACGGGUCCACCCGCAGACACCACAGCGCCUUUGCCAUCCAGUGGUGCACCCCCUCCUACUCCUUGCCCAGCUCCUCCUGACAUCUCUCAAGCCCCUACUCCUGCCACCUUGUGGACAGAGGUGGUAAAGCGGAGGGGACCCAAAAGGGUGGAGAGAGCGACAGCGGUUCUCAAGGCGAAGGUACCUGGUGGGCCUGAUGUUGAGGAGCCGGGAGGCUCGUCCAGGCGUUUGCCGAAUCCAUCUUGA